CGUGCGGAGCGUUGGGUCGUGCGUGUCCCCCAACAAUUUAUUGUUUGCAACCAUUGUAUCAAGAAAAAUGACAUAAAAAAUUGCUUGUUACAGCCAUAAUUCACGUCUAUCGCCCGCUUUGUGUCGUAACUAAAGUGUGUAUUAUAAAAAACCUCGGAAAAAGGUACCGCAGGAGUCCCUUUGUAGUAAAAUAAUGUAAUUUCACGCCGUCGCAGUAUUCUGUUUGAAUCGUGAACUUUGUAGAAUCGAUUUUUAGAUGUUAUUUAAUGAAAUUACUAAGGUGCUUGUGAGUGAUAUCGUCGUUUAGAAGGAACAGGUUCGCGGAGUCCCGUUACGGCGAACAGCGGUAGUGCUUCGCCUAAAUCGAUAUAAGUUAAUAAAAAAUGCAUAUUUACCCCAUGGUUUCAUAAAGGAGCGAGUCGAUACUUACUGUUUGCCGGCACCAAAGCUGUUUAUCAAAUCGUUUUCAGUGUUGAUUAUGCAGUGUGAUUGAUUUUAUUCAAGUGGUGAUGUUUUGUGUGUUAUCUGUGGAGUCUUCGGCGAUCCAUAGAGACCAAUCGCACGACGGAUGAAGUGCACUAAAGCCCACAAGCGGACUAGUAUGUGAGAGUAACCCGCGGCCAUCUUGUCGACGUCAUGUCCGCCAUCUUGCGCGGCCUCGGCGUCACGCUGGCUGACGUCAUCGUACACGUCACGCUGCUGCUCAGCUUCGCCGUCUGUUCUACUUAUGGCGGCUGCACGUUCCCUGAGGGCUGGACAGGCAGCUGGUUCCAGUCAGGCUUCCCUGGACUCAUAGCGAUCAACUCCACACACAUCUUUUCCAAGGGAGAGUGUUCAGAGACUGAGUCAUACGAUAAGUUCCUGCUUUAUGACAGAAGUGAUGACUGCUACAGAUGCAUGGUUAUCCACGAAAAACACAGAUACGUACUGCAGUAUAAAGAAACAUACUGUUCCCCGAAGGACUCGCUGGCGUCUAUCUGCGAGUCGAUCAGUGGCGACGCCCCCCUGUACUCCAUGUUCCGCAAGGAGCCGCGGCCGGAGCCUCAACCCUGCCCCUUCCACCCAGCACCCUUCACCUUCACUUACAGCAGGGGCUCUGGCGACUGCGCCAACCCGCCGUCGCGCGCGGAGGCCUGCACGGAUGACUCCCGGUUGUUGCUGCGCUACAUGGCGUGCCCUGACGUGCCCGGCACGGAGAGCAACGUGGAGGAGCUAGUCUGCCUGGCGACGUGGAAGGAGGGCUCCACGCGCUACCUGGUGGGGCAAAUCUCUCAGGUGCAGAGGAGGAACUCCAUCGCAUCAGAUGAGGACACAUACAGGUGUUUCAUCUACAAAGGGCAGCACAAUGAUAAGUGGAUGACAUACAACAUCGCGCAGUCUGGCGACGCCACCUGCAACGGGCUGUCCUCCCCCAUAGACGGCAGUCGCACCAUGAAACUCACCAACAGUGAUGAUGAGCACAACCGCUGCCACUUCCCUGCGUGGAUCGUGGAGCACCACAAGUGGUUCAGCCUCGACCACACACACCAGUACCACUUCACCACAAAGAACGCCACGCUCAAGAUAAUGAACGUGGACGGUUCUGAGGAGGAGAAACGGCUGGUGUGCCACUCCAUACUGGAGCAGAAGGAGAAGAAGUACAUCAAGCUGGUGGCACACGUCACCAAGGGAUGUGAGUCUGGCCACGUGUGCCUAUCUUUCCACCGGCGAGAGGGAAACGUGCUGGAGCUACGAAGCGGGACCUCACUCUGGGACGCCGCCACGGACGCAUGCGCCGACACGGGGGACCACCACUAUAUCACGCUAAUCACGACGACACUGACCCCGAUGCGGUGUCCGAUCGUCGGCCGCUACACCAUCGUGGACUCGCUGGCCGACCGCAGGCGGAGGCGUCAGCAACUCACUAUAGAGUCAGGCGAGUCGGGGGCGGCGGCAGCAGAGUGUGUCGCUGGGGACUACACGCGGGCCGAACUCGGCUGCGGUAACUCACAGGACACAAUUGAGUUUCAAUCCGACUGCGCCACAACUGUGUACACCUGCUACGGUAGCUGGUCGGAGGGCGGCACGGGGUUCCUGAUAGCGGCGCCCGUCGCGCGCGCCUCCUCACACCCCAGGACUUUCUGCUUCAUGUACACCUAUCACACAAACAAUGACACGGCGGCGGCGGGCGGCGCGGCGCGCAUACUGUCGCUGUCGGCGGUGGCGGCGCGCUGCUCGCGGACCGUGCGUCCCGGCCGCGACGGGGACAAGGCCUACAACCUCACCAGCAAUGGCACAUGUGAACAGAGCAGCAAGUAUAACAGCUACGCUGCGCGUGCGGCGCCGGCGGCCAUCUUGCUGACGUCACUGGCCGCGUGGGCGCUGCUGGCCAGAUGAUGCCCGCGCUAGUGCCGCCGCGGAGACACACAGACUUUACUCGCCUACGAACUUGGCUGAAACACUGCCGUGCACCAUUCCUGAGUUCACAAGUAAAUUUAAUAACAUUAUUUAAAAAUAAAAGUACCUAUUCCGUGAAAAAGUACUUGGCUAAUCACUGCCGUGCACCGUACAUUACUCA